AUGUUCAAGACCAGCUACCGGCACGAGGUGCGGAAGGAGAAGUAUGAGCGCUCCGACGAGUUCGAGGAGCCGCCCUCCCCCGACGACUACACCCCGGGGUCGACGGGCGCGCAGGGCUGGGAGAGCCUGCAGGAGCUGAACGAGCGCUUCGCCCGCUACAUCAACCGCGCGCGCGUCCUGGAGCAGCGCAACGGCGUGUUCCGGAAGCAGCUCGAGACGCUGCAGCGCAUGGAGGAGGUGUCCGCCGCGGAGGACGCCUUCGUGGAGCAGAUCGGCCUGAACCGCCAGCGCGUUCGCGAGCUGCUGACCGACCGCGCCAAGCUGCAGCGCGAGCUCACCGACGCCCAGCGCAAUCUCGACGAGUUCAACAGCAGGUACAGAAACGAGUGUGAGUACCAAGAAGGCCUCAGAGGCACGCUUGAACAGCUGAAUAAGGAAGCUGACGGCACUCUGCUGAGAAACCUGGAGUUUCAGAUUCUGUCGCAGUUUCUGCAGGAUGACAUCAACUCCACCAAGGAUCGGCACAAGAAGAAUUUGGCGGAGAUUCAGACCUACGUUAACGUGCUGCACAAGAUCAACCAGAGUAUUCCUCUCCUGCCAACUGUGUCCGUGGGAAUAUCGGAAGAGCAGGAGAAGCUGUUGGCCCAGCGCAGAGUUCCCACCCUGCAGUCCCAGCUCGAGGAGAACAAGAGCGCCCUCUGUCAGCUCCAGUCACAGAAGAGCAGGCUGCAGACUGAGACGGCGUCUCUGGAGCAGGUGAUUAAGGGCACGCAGGACGGUUAUGAUGAUGAGCUGCAGCAGUAUAACGAGCAGAUUGAGUCUCUGCGGCGCGAGAUGGAGGAGGCAGAGCACUCUCUGGACAAGUACACCAGCGAGUGCCGGCGCCUGGCGCUGUACCAGAUCUCCCUGGAGAACGAGCUGGACCGCCACCAGAGGAUCAUCGAGAACGAGGACAACAGGUUGAAUUCGGCUAUAAUCGGCACUCCGGUCCUUCUGUUCACCACCAGUUACCGCUACAACCGACCCCCGCACGCCAGCAGCCGGGGGAAAGACCUCACCCAAGCCAUGCAGGGCAUCACCAGCAUCAAGCCGCGGCAGAAGGUCCUGGCCAAGAAGGGGCUGAAGAGGAAGGAGCUGUCUCCGCGGGACAUGGUGGACAGCGGGCAGGAGGAGGCGCAGCAGGAGGAGGAGGAGCAGGAGGAGGCGCGGGGCGGCGGCGGGGAGGUGCGGGAGGAGCCGGUGCGGCGGGCGGAGCAGCCGCUGCACUUCCAGGACGCGGGGCGCGAGGACGUGCCCGACGGCAGCCAGCUGAGCAAGGCGUUCGACACGCUGUGCAGCAUGGUGCGCGACCGCAUGCGCCGGUACCGCCGGCCCGAGCCCAUCGCCGACUUCUACACGCAGGGCCGCUACGUGCUGGUGAGCGGGGAGGCCAGCGUCCUGCACCCCUGCUUCCAGAGCUCCAGCCCCUCCGGGGGCCACGUCUACGUCACCAUCUGCGACCAGCCCUACGGCCCCUACGACCCCUACGGCCCCUCCCCCGCCCCCGCCCCCGGUCCCGCCCCCGCCCCCACCCCCAUGCGCCUGCUGCCCCCGGUGCCCCCGAGGGAUGACGAGCGGGGGGGCAGGAAGGCAGACGGCAGAGAGGGAGAGGGAGAGGGAGAGAGAGAGGGAGAGCGGGGAAAGGAAGGGAGGGAGGGGGAGAGAGGAGGGAAGGGCAGUCAGAGAGGGGGAGAGGGAGGGGACCCACAGCCCAAAUCCCGGGACCCCGGCCCCUGCCCUGCCCCCGGCCCCGCCCCCGGCCCCAGCCUGCCCUCCGGGGGGCAGGGCUACAAGGACAAGCCCGCCGAAAGACGCCGGUCUCCGCCCCCCAUGCCGGCCCCCCGGUCCCAGCUGCCCGUGGACUCCAUGAGCUACGAGAAGGUGGAGAUGGUGGAGUCCAUCGAGAAGAUCUCGGCCGACAGCAGGGUGCGUGGCUACGAGGAGACGGCCACCAUCGUGGAGACCGUGAUCGAGAAGACCAGCAAGAAGAAGCAGGGAGACCGCCCCGCCUGACGCGCUUCCCACGAUCCUCUCUGCCCCCCGACCACCGCCCGCCGUUCCACUCACACCCAGACUAGCUUCCCGCUCCAGAUCCUGCUCGCGUUGCUGACUCUCAUACUGUUGACACACUUCGCCUUUAACGUCUGAAAACCCGGGAGUGUCAAAACCAACACGAUUAUGAUGAUGCAAUUGAAAUAAUCUAAUUCAAAACCAAAAUAGAGUCUGUGUGAGAAGUUUUCAGUUCUGCACACAAACA